CUCUUCAGCUUUCUACCUCCAUGAUCAUUACCAUGCAUUUGCAAUGAACCAAGAAAGUGAGUCACCAGUUCACAAAGAGACAGCACUCAGUGGAGACAAACCCUCCACUGACAGCAGUCCAGGGCCCAGAGAUGACUGUGCUGAUUGGGUGGUCCAGUUCUCCAUAGACACGACACACUCCCUGAGGGCAUGAGCAAGACUCAGUAGAAGAAUAAAUUAAAGCAUCAAAAGAAGUUGAAAAAAUGGGAGAAAAUGAAACAGGAAUCCAAAGUGAGAAGGAAAGAGAGACAGAGCCAGUUAAAAAAGGAGAGACAAGCUUUGGGAGGACUCCCUCCACCAAAGAAGACCAGACUGGAAGAUGGAGGCUCCUCAAAGAUUAGUCAGAGAGGAUCCUACAAGAAGAUGAGUGACGAGGGAGCGAGCUCUGUGAGGGUGGCUGUGGACUGCUCUUUUGAACAACUCAUGAGUGCAAAGGAUCAGCUGAAGCUAAUCAAACAGUUGCAGAGAUGUUAUGCUGCCAACAGACGAUCAGUAGCUCCCUUGCAAUACUAUGUGACUAGCUUUGGUGGUCAACUGAAGUCAGAGCUGGAUUGCAGAUAUCUAAUCAACAAGGAGCAUGAACACUGGGAUAUCCACUACAGAAGUGAGGACUUUCUGGAAGUGUUUGGUAAAGAGAAUGUUGUGUACCUCCUGGCUGAGUCUACCAAUGUGUUGAAUGAGCUGGACCCCAGUAAGGCGUACAUAAUAGGUGGACUAGUCGACCACAAUCAUCACAAGGGUCACUGUUACCAGGUGGCCGAGGAGAAGGGCCUGGCCCACGCCCGACUACCGAUAUCAGAGUAUAUACGAAUGAGUGGCAGGAAAGUACUCACCAUUAACCAUGUGUAUGAGAUUCUAUUGGACUUCUCAACAAAUGGAAAAAAGCAGUUAAGUUCUCCCACCAAGAAAGCUAAAAUCAACGAGCAACGCUGAUAUUGAAACAGAAAACCAACUAGACCAGAACCCACAGCAUCCACUGAAAUCGAUGCAAGCAUUAAAAUUGAACCGAGCAGCCCCAGCAAAUGUAACAAUGAUUUGCCUGAAAAUACAUCUAGCGACAGUGUUGUGCCAAGUGAAGGUGUGUCAUGUGAUGGCGUACCAGUUGAAGGCAUGCUAAGUGAGGGUGGUCUCAAGGAGAGCAAUAAUGAAGAAGAUGCAUGGCACCCACUUUCUUCCAGAACACUGCUCUCCUCGGUUGUCGAGUAUGCAGUGAUUUAGGGUACGGUAUCCUCAACACAGGGUACUCACAUCAGUGAAACACACAUCAAUGAUAACUGACUGACCUGCAUGACUGUGCCCCGACUGUGCUACAAUGACACUCUAUAGGGACCUUACACCCUCCCAUUGCUCUGCGAGGAUGGCCGUGGACUGCUCUUUUGAGCAACUCAUGAGUGCAAAGGAUCAGCUGAAGCUAAUCAAACGUUGCAGAGAUGUUAUGCUGCCAACAGACGAUCAGUAGCUCCCUUGCAAAUCCACUACAGAAGUGAGGACUUUGUGGAGGUGUUUGGUAAAGAGAAUGUUGUGUACCUCCUGGCUGAGUCUACCAUUGUGUUGAAUGGACAUGUUACUGCCUAGCCUGAGGCUUUAGUGAUGUAGCAGGACACGCUCAGAGUAAUGCAACGAAUGCUCAUCAUCUCCCCAGACUAUAUUGGAGUCAGUUCCUCUCACCAGUGGACAACCCAGAGCCCCCAGUGUCACCCACUCUCUCUGUACAGUCCAGCCCUGGAGUACUCAACUCACCAGCCACACCAGAACUGAGAUCAGUUCCUGAGAGUCCAUUCCUUGUGUCCUG